CUGUGUCAGACUAUAGAGGAUAGAAGAGAUGUGUAGACUUCGUGUUAACAUAGUCUCAAUGUUUAUGUGCAAUCUCUAAAAUUACAAACGUUUAAUUACAACCUGGUUAAUAGCAUUUAUUAAAGCAGAUCUUCUCAACAGAAUGCCCAUCAUAACAAUACAGACUAAUGUCUCUGCUUGUCAAGCUGGUGCUUCCUUCCACAAAGACAUCACAGAGAUAGCCUCGGAGUUUUUGCAGAAGUCGCAAAAGAUAAUAUGGGUCAUGCUGGAGACAGACAAACAGUUAACUAUGGGAGCAACCAAAGAGCCAACUGCUAUUGUUUCAGUGGAGUGUAUCGGAAGACUAAAACCAAAGUUAAAUUUGCAGUUUGGCACGAAAUUGGAAGAGUACUUGCUGCAAAAUCUGGGCAUUCCUAAAAACAGGGUCGUCAUAAAGUUUGUCAGGGUGCCAGCCCUGUUCUGUCAGUUUGAUGGACAUCUUCAUGACAUUGGAAUUGAGUUCGAUGAAGAUCUGAAAUCUUAACAAUACAGUUUUGACGUCAGAAACUAAAGAUAGUCCAAUAAUUUGUGAUUAAGACCUCAAGAGAGAUAAUUACAUUGUUUGUUUAUACCUUUAAAUAAAGAAACAUAAUUGUGUGAUGACA